CGCUCGCGCAACAUUUUGUCAUUUAAAUCCAUAACUUAUUUGGUAAACAUCUAGGCGUUAAGCACAUUGUAUGUACAUUCGAUACAUGUUUAGUUUAGGUAUAAUUCAUUUGUAUUGAUGUAAAGGUCGCACUUUUUAUUCGACAUUCAACAAUAAACAUCGGAAACUCAAAGAAGCCUCAAUUCUCUAUUACACAGAGCUAAUUCCUCAGAACAGGAGAAAAGUAACGCAUUAAUCCUGUAACAGUUGGUGGAGACCUAAAAGAUCCCAGGUGUUGAUAGAUGUCAGCGCCAAGCAACGACAUCAGAGCUAGUGCAGCAAACAGAAUAACCAGCGACUACUGGCUGAGAGGUAGAGAUCAGUUCCGGCCAAGUUCGACGGAACACACAACCGACGAAGAUGCAAUAAGUCAUCAUUCGGACGAGGAAACAGGUAAACAAGUAAAGAUGUCUCCUUCAUUGGUUCUGUGUGUCCUUUUUCUCGCCAUGGCCUAUGGGAAUGUGGAAGGAACGCCAUACGAUAAAAUCAAAGAACUUUUUAAUUACGGUGCAACCUUUGAAGAAAAAGGCACCUUAUAUCCCUCAGGAAAUCAUUGGGUACACUACUUUGAAAUUGAAUUACAAACUUUUCCCUUUGUAUCGGAGAAACCUACGCCCUGUUCCAACUGUCCAUGGUACAGUGAAGCUAUGGUUGAGAUUUUGGCCUUACACCGACAGACAGCAGUAGAUGUCGGGACAAUUUUAGGCGAAAUUAAGUCAUUAUUACCCCAUCACUCAUUAGCGAGACUACCAAUGACUAGAAGGCGAAGAUCAUUUUUACCCUUCAUAGGAUCUCUUGCUAAAACUCUAUUCGGAACCUCUACUUCUUCAGAUUUGAACAGUUUAUCAAGAAAUGUGGCGUUAAUUAGAGCUAACCAACAGAAAAUGGCUAAAGCUACAGCUCAUCAAAUUGGUAUUUUUGCAGCAGCUAUUAGAAAUUUUGAUUCUAGAAUUGACAACAUUUUUCAAGGCAUAACAGAUAAUCAUGAGGCAAUUGAAAAGUUAGGUGAGAACUUUAAUAAUUCCCUAAUAUCCAGUCAGGUAGCCCAGGGUAAGUUAUUGUCAGCUAUGACAAAGCAAACACGUUUAACCUUAAGAAUAUUGACUAGGUUUGAGGAGUUAUUAAUGGGGGUUUUGUCAACAAUUCAAGGAAAGUUAUCUCCCCUGCUUAUACCACAUCACACCUUAACUCAUGUUUUAUCACAUAUUCAAAGUUACAUUCAACCUCAUGGAUUUUACUUGACACAUUCUCAUCCAGGAUUUUAUUAUAAACAUGCCAAGUUCACAAUUUUUCGUAGAUUUUCUAACAUUUUAAUUUCUGUUGAAUUUCCAAUUACCACUAUGACACUGCAACUUUACAAACUUAAUACUUUUCCAAUACCAGUCAAUAGUACAACAAGGCACGGUACUCAGUUAGAUAGCCCAAAUGAUCAUUUACUUUUAUCUAAAGAUGGCAAAUUGUUUAGGGAGACAAAUUCUAAAGAUUUACAGACAUGUUCUCGAAAUGGCAAUAUUUGGCAUUGUCAAAAUCAUAUGAUUUUAAGAAAUGACACUAAAAGAUCAUGCUUAUUGAGUCUCUUUAAUGGACACAAGCAAUAUAUAAAUGCUAAUUGUGUUUUUCAUUUUGUCCCAAAUGUCAUUCGGCCUUCUAUUGUCCAACUCAAUCAGACCCAUUUGGUUUUGAUAAAUGUGUCAGACAUUACUUUACAUUGUGAGAAUAGGAAAAUAGUGGAGAAAGGAUGUUCUUUUUGCAUUUUGGCUAUUCCAUGUAAGUGUUCUCUAUCUAGUUCUUCACUGUACUUAGAUCCUUAUUGGAAUAGAUGUAACAAAAAUGAAACAAGUAAAAUAUCAAAAGUUCAUGGUGUAAACCUUAUACUGUUACAACAAUUUUUCAACAAAUCUUUGAAAGCGUUGCAACCAAAUUCAACCUUUUCAAAAAUACUUGAUGUACAACUACCACAUUUCAGAUUUUUUACACACAAUUUUACAAACAUAGUAGAAUCUGAAAAACAGUCAAAACUAGACUUAAAGAAAGUAGCCUUAGCUGCAAAAGAGAAUAAAAUGAUUUUUCAAAGGUUGUCAGAAUCAAUGUUGGAUUACCAGUCCAACUUACCACAAACAAUUGAUUUACCAUCUCUUUUGGCAUAUAUAUCUACAGCACUGGCACUAAUCAGUCUUCUAGCUUUUGUGUUUUUGUUUAUAAAAUACAGAACUCUAGUUACAACAGUGACACUGCUUUCAAGGACUAGUGAAGUACAUAGCUAUGCACUGCCACCAGUUUUUCAUUAUACUACUGAGUCUUCAAUCACUACAACUACAUUUCCAGUAGACAUUACACCACAUCUCUACACAACAUCAGAAGUACUGGGUAUUUUAUCAUUGUUCCUUAUUGGCAUAUUUAUGCUUUACAAGUUAGUAAAGAAAGACAAGUUUAAACUAGUCAUAGAACUUACAAACAAUGACGACACAGUUUUAAUACCGGUAGUAAGACUACCUUAUGCACAUGAUGGUUUAACCUUUUUGACAUCCGCUUCAUUGUCUGAUUUUAAAGUCAAGUAUGGUAUCAGAUCAUUUUUAGAGAUUGAUUGGGCAGAUUUUGCUGUAGAAGAUAGUAGUUUUGGUCAGAAGUUUACAAUGCCUUCAAAGAUAUUGCACUUCUUUGGAGGAAACGGCCCUACCACUUCAUUUCCAGACCCAUUACAAGAAACACAAAAAGUUCAGACCCCUGGCCCUGUGCGUCAACCACCCAAGAGAAGAAAAUUUAUUCUACCUUCUCCAACAAGACAAGAAUGUGACAGUUUGGUGGAGCUUGAACGAACAACAAUAGAAGUGUCUACAGAUCUGGAAGAAAAUGAUACAAAAACCACAUCUAGUCAAACAGAAGGACAAUGUAAGUAG